AUGUCGUAUUUCUUUGCGACACCGGUCGAUAUCGACAUCGUCCUAGAAGAUGCCGAUGACCGGUCCAUGGUGGAUGUCAAGCUGGACAAGAACCGGCGCGAGAAAGCUCCGCUAUACAUGGACGGCGAGUCGGUCAAGGGCGCAGUCACAGUGCGACCGAAAGAUGGCAAGCGGCUGGAGCACACCGGUAUCAAGGUUCAAUUUAUCGGCACGAUAGAGAUGUUUUUCGAUCGCGGCAACCACUAUGAGUUCCUAUCCCUAGUGCAGGAGCUUGCGGCCCCAGGCGAACUCCAACAUCCGCAGACCUUCGACUUCAAUUUCAAAAACGUCGAGAAACAAUACGAGUCCUAUAAUGGUAUCAACGUCAAGUUGCGUUACUUUGUCCGUGUAACCGUCUCCCGACGCAUGGCCGAUGUCAUUCGGGAGAAGGAUAUUUGGGUGUACAGUUAUCGAAUCCCGCCCGAGAUGAACAGCAGCAUCAAGAUGGACGUUGGUAUCGAGGACUGCCUGCACAUCGAGUUCGAGUACAGCAAGAGCAAAUAUCACCUCAAGGACGUGAUUGUGGGUAGGAUCUACUUCCUCCUGGUGCGUCUCAAGAUCAAGCAUAUGGAACUCUCAAUCAUCAGAAGAGAGACGACUGGUGCCGCGCCAAAUCAGUACAAUGAGAGCGAAACCUUAGUGCGGUUUGAGAUCAUGGAUGGCUCUCCUUCAAGAGGAGAGACGAUCCCGAUACGGCUCUUCCUCGGUGGAUUUGAUCUAACGCCCACUUUUCGGGAUGUAAACAAGAAGUUCUCUACAAGGUACUACUUGAGUCUGGUUCUGAUUGAUGAGGAUGCUCGGAGAUACUUCAAGCAAUCCGAGAUCAUCCUGUUCCGUCAGGCCCCAGAGCUUGCAAACGGCGCAGAUGGACUACCUCUACCUCCUGAGAAUAGGAUAACCACUGUCCCAGCAUGA